AUGAUAUAUGUUAUAGAUCCAGCAUCUAUUGAUGAAAAUAUUGAUUUAAUUUAUGAGAAAGAUGAUAUUCGAUUAUGUACUAUACAACGCGCAGUACCACAACAGAAGUUAGGCUUUUGUGUAUAUUAUCAUCGAAAAGAACAUUUUCAUUAUAUCGAGUUCUAUAAUAAUUGGGAAUUAAGUCUGGCCUAUCAAGCAGGCAUCAAAAAUUUUGAUCGAAUCAUCGAACUAAACGGCAUUAAUAUUGAAAAAGAUACACCGUAUGAACUACGAAAUCGUUUCAAUAUUGACCAGAAUCUUCCAGUACAUAUGCUUGUAUGUAGUCCAGCUACAUAUAUUCACUACAAAUCUACUGGAAAACUUUUGCAUAGUCAUCUUCGAACUGUCCAUCAUUUGAGACCUGUAUAUGCUAUAUCAAGAUCAAAAUUCAUUCCUCCACAGCAAUUAAUUUGUGAUGUGUUCUCCAAUAAAUUUCCAUCUCUUCGUCAUGUUCAUUUGGGACGUAUCGAUUAUGCCACUUAUCAUUCAUGGACUACGUCACCUUCUCUUCAGUUCGUGUCAAUCUUUUCGUGUAAAUCAAUGUCUAUUCUAGCAAUUCUGACUUCAUGUCCUAAUCUUCAUCAUCUGCAAGUUCAUAUUUUUCCUAGUGACAAUCAUGUAUUCACAUCGUCUACACCACUUAAUCAUCCACUUCGACGACUUAUUGUUUGGAGUAAUUAUACGGAACUAUAUUUUAAUGAUAUUGACAGAUUUCUUGCCUAUACGCCUAACGUCGAAUAUUUAUAUCUACAAACAGUAUAUCGUACACCAUUCAUUCAUUUAGCAGAAGGUCUAAUCAAUCGACUCCAUCAUUUGUUUCGAUUUGAUUGUUAUAUAAGAGAAAUGUUGACCAGAGAUAGCCGUAUUGGUAAUUUAGCUAGUAUACAUAAAAUGCAUUCAUGUUUCUGUGGAAUUCAAUGUAAAGAAGAAAAUGAUAAAUGUCGAAUAUUUUCUACUUAA